AAAAGGUGAAUGAUAUUUAAACAGCUUAUUAAAUCAAAUAUGUACGUGCUGUGCGUCUCUCGAACCAACAACUUGGUGAAACUGUGUUAAAUCAUAGAACAAACAAUAAGGUAUUAAAGAAAAAAUAUUGAAUUUUAUUCGAAUAAUCGUAUAAAGAAAACACUAUGGAUGUCAUUUUGAAAGCAAAUCAAAUGGAUACACCUGAAGAACAACGGUCUCCCAAAGGUUCUGAAAAAUCAAAAAUGCUAGAUAUAACUAGAGAUCGGCCAGUAAAAGUUGCAGUAAAGGUAGCUGUACCCGUCCGAGACCAUCCAAAGUUUAAUUUUGUGGGCAAAUUAUUGGGUCCGAAAGGCAACUCUAUGAAACGUUUGCAAGAAGAAACAAUGUGUAAAAUGGCUGUUCUUGGACGCGGCUCCAUGAGGGACCGAAAAAAGGAAGAAGAGCUGCGAGCAAGUGGUGACAGCCGCUAUGCCCAUCUAUUUGAUGAUUUGCAUGUAGAAAUUUCUACGUUUGCGGCACCCGCAGAGGCCCAUGCCCGCAUUGCGUACGCUCUAGCAGAAGUAAGACGAUUUCUAGUACCGGACUACCAUGAUGACAUACGGCACGAACAAAUGUGGGAAAUGCAGGCGUUGACUUCUUCCACUACUCUGCAAAAUUCUGGCAGUGAUCAGGCAAGUCCCUCUCGCAUUAUUGAGGGUGGUAUUACCGACAUGGAUACUUCAAAUGAUGAAAAAUCUGACAACGAAUUAUCUGUCAUGGACUGCAUGGCACCCGGGAAAAUGGAAAAAACACAUAAUUCUUCAAAUCCAAGUGCAGUAACACCAAAUCCUACAGAUUCUCUUAAGAUACCACCAACAAGUGCAGCCUCAUUACAUCCUUGUGCAAUGGCUGUUACACUGCAGCACCAAUUUUCAGCGGCUGGUAUUGGAGGCUUACUAAAACCAUCAACGGCGGUAGCUGCUGUUACAGGUCUAACACCAGCCCAACCAAACACUACCUUGACUUUGCCAAAUGAAACAGAAGCUAGCACUACAUCAGCUUUAACUCUUCUAGAUUCUGCGGGUACAAUACUCCAUCCCGCUCUUAGAAAUAUUAAGACAAUUAAUAUCGCUGGAAAUUUGACACGUAAACGUCCCUUAUUGGGUGUGCCACGAUCCAGUAUGAAUCCGACCAAGCGCACGGUAAUGACACUAUUAGCUAGAGCUAAAAACUCACAAGCAUUGCAUACGGUACGUAAUCCAGUAGGAACGGCGCAACCAACUCAUUUUACCGACCCACUCCAGAUGUUGGCCUCGCCUUUUAUAAUACCCCAUCACCAUCAUCAUCAACCCAUGGAUCAGACAAUGUUGGCGUUGUCCAAAGAGAGCCUGGCCCAAGGUGUCUAAGAGCAAUAAUCUUCAAAUACAAUUAGUUUGUUUUUGUUUUAUUA